UUCCUCCCAAUAAUCAAUCACAUACCUACGAGAAAAAUGAAUAUGUUUGCUGUAGUUCUCUCCUACUAACUCAUUUUAUUUGCACAAAAUUGAAUAAAGUAAUCUAUUGCCGUCGAGGACGAAUUUUUUUCUGUUAUUUGAAUUAUUGAUCUAGUAGGACAGGAAAAGUAAGGUGGCUUCUAUUUAUCCUAACGCAUUCUGCUGUGGCGGACUGAAAGAAAACAAGUCACAAAUCACAAUAAAAGUAAGACCCUGAAUGGCUGAAAAUGUUGCAAUUCCAACAAUAGAUCUCUCCCCUUUCUUUACAGACGGUGAUGAAAUUGGCAAGAGCAAAGUUAUGAACAGUAUAACCAAAGCCUGCUCCAACUAUGGGUUUUUCCAAAUAGUGAACCAUGGGGUGCCUCUUGAUGUGAUGAAUCGCGCUCUGAGCCUAUCAAAGACAUUCUUUGCAUACCCAGAUGAGGAGAAGCAAAAAUCAAGUCCUGGAUCAAGUUCACCUCUUCCAGCUGGUUACAGCAAGCAACCUGAACACUCAGCUGAUAAGAAUGAAUACUUGCUCAUGUUUUCUCCUACUUCCAGCUUCAAUCCGUUGCCAAGCAAUCCAUGUGAUUUCAAGGAAGUACUUGAAGAGAUGUUUACCCAUUUCGGGAAAGUUGGUGAACUUUUGGAGAGCAUCUUGAAUGACUGCCUUGGCCUCCCUCCAAAUUUCCUCAAGGAAUAUAAUCAUGACAGAAGCUGGGAUUUCAUGGUAGCUUUGCGUUACUAUCCAGCAACUAACGCAGAAAACAAUGGCAUAAGUGAACAUGAAGAUGGGAAUUGUAUCACAUUCGUCAUCCAGGAUGAAGUUGGUGGACUAGAAGUUCGAAAAAAUGGAGAAUGGAUUCCGGUAAUUCCAGCUGAAGGCAGAAUUGUUGUCAAUAUAAGUGAUGUUAUUCAGGUGCUGAGCAACAACAAAUUUAAGAGUGCAACUCAUAGAGUUGUGAGAAAAAUAGGAAAAAGCCGACAUUCGUUUGCUUUCUUCUAUAAUAUCCAAGGAGACAAGUGGAUUGAACCAUUGCCACAAUUCACUGAAGAGAUUGGGGAGCCACCAAGAUACAGAGGAUUUUACUACAAAGAUUACCAAGCUUUGAGAAUGAGAAACAAAAGUCAUCCACCAUCAAGGCCUGAAGAUGUUAUUCAUAUUACCCACUAUGCAAUCUCCAGCUAAUUAAGCAAGCCAGAAAAGUUUGGAAUGCACCGCAAUCUGAAGAGAUUAUGUUAGUUUCUUUGCGUUACUUCCUAAAAGCUGUAAUUAAUGCGUUUGUAAGCCAUGAAAUCAGUUUUCUUUAGUGAUUGAGCAAAUUUCCUAUUUCUAGUACUUUCACUUUUACAACAGACACAGACUAAUGAAAACAUGGUUAUGACCUAAUGAUAGAA